UGUUAUUGUUGUUGUCUCGGAGUUUGAAUGAGACUCUGCGUUAGAUUGGAUAACAAAAUGUUUAAGAUAAUCAAACAUUGCUGUUUGUUAACACAAAAUUUCUGUUCACACUAUCAAUCGUCUGCACUGGACAAUGUAGUAAUACGUAUGUUGCCGAGAAAGUUUGAUGUUUUCAGACUUAAUUCAACAUCGUCUAGACCAGAGAAUGAACUGACUAAUACAUUGGCCGAGGAAGAUCAACGUAUGAAGUUGAUUAAAAUCGAAAUUGAUUUAAUACGCGAAAAGGGGGGUAGCGCUCCCGACAUCAAUUUCAUUCAAAAACAUCACUGGAACGAGCUGCUUCUAUUGAAAACUAAAACAGCCAGACAACACUACUACAAGCAUCUAUUUUCAAUAGAACAAACGAGGCUGAAGCGAAAAUUACAGACAAAGGAGCGAGAACAACGGCUGGCACUGAAACCGUCACAGCCGAUGGGGAAAGUUACAUUCCUCCUAAGAAUAGAAAGAAAAACGAUAAACUCAUGGCGCAACAAUAGGCUAUUCCGUGCCAUGCAACACGGUGAAAAACUAAUUUUCGACUGUUCUUACGACGAACACAUGACCGUUAUUGAAGCCAAAAAUGCUGCCAAUCAGCUCACCAUGUCAUUUUCCGACAAUAGAAGAGACAGAGAACCAUUCGACCUGCACUUUUGCAACGUAAACUUCAACAGCGUGACAAUGAAGCAUAUGGAACGCAACCUUCCAACGAUGCGAAACCAAGAAUUCCCAAUGAAUUUGCACGAGUGCAGCUAUGCGGAUGUGUUCCCCAGAGAACAACUGUUGUACCUCACGCCACAUUGCGAUGAUGACCUCACCGAAUAUGAUCCGAAUAUGAUUUACAUAGUCGGCGCUAUGGUGGAUAAAAGAGUUCAGAGUCCGUUGUCAGUUGGGAAGGUCAGGGAAUUAAAUUUGAAAAUGGCUCGACUCCCAUUGAAUCGUUACCUGAAGUGGGGGGAGGGUUUCCGAAAGUUUUUGACAUUAGAUCAAAUGGUGAGAAUUAUGUUGGAUUUGAAGAGGACGGGGAAAUGGGAGAUCGCGUUACAACAUGUGCCGAAAGCUACUUUGAAGUAAGGAGUGGUGUGGACAGCGUUCAAGUUUGACUAAAUUUGGUGGAACUCAAUAUUUAUCCAGUCAAAUAAAGGAGC